GGGGCUGCCAUUGGUCAAGCGGGCGGUGACUAAAAGUGGGCGGUUCCCGGAAAAAUCGCUAACCGGAAGGAAAGGCCAGAGCUGAAGAAGAAGAAGACGGCCGAUGACAGCAGCCAAAGAAGAAAAAGUACUUUCCCCUGGCUUGGUCUCCUCUUCCUUUUGGCUCAUCCACCUGCCUUAACUGACCUACCCAGACCCCCCCCCUUGCGCCAAGCCUACAGCCCACCACGCCUGCCUCUCUCUUAAACAAAACCGCUAACAAAAACAAAACCCCCAAACCCCGCUAUGGCCGGACGAGGCGGACCCGCGCGGACCAACGGCGCCGCGGCAAGCAACAAGAUCUGCCAGUUCAAGCUGGUGCUGCUAGGGGAGUCGGCAGUGGGCAAGUCCAGCUUGGUCCUGCGCUUCGUCAAAGGCCAGUUCCACGAGUACCAGGAGAGCACCAUCGGAGCGGCCUUCCUCACACAGACGGUAUGUCUGGAUGAUACAACAGUCAAGUUUGAGAUCUGGGACACAGCAGGCCAGGAGCGGUAUCACAGCUUGGCGCCCAUGUACUACAGAGGAGCGCAGGCAGCCAUCGUGGUCUAUGACAUCACCAACACAGACACUUUCACACGUGCAAAGAAUUGGGUGAAGGAGCUCCAGCGACAAGCCAGUCCAAACAUUGUCAUUGCUCUGGCUGGGAACAAAGCAGACCUGGCCAACAAGAGAGCUGUUGAUUUCCAGGAGGCACAAGUGUAUGCUGAUGACAACAGUUUGCUCUUCAUGGAGACGUCAGCCAAGACUGCUAUGAAUGUUAAUGAGAUUUUUAUGGCAAUAGCCAAGAAGCUUCCUAAAAACGAGCCACAGGGAGGAGCGGGAGCCGGCAGGGGAGCCCGGAGCGGCGUGGACCUGCAGGCGGCGGCGCCGCAGGGCCGUAGCAGCCAGUGCUGCGGGGGCGGCAACUAACCCGACAAGGAGUCAGCUGAUCCAGUCAGUUACCAGCUUCGAUCAACCGGACCAGAUAUUAUUAGCCAGCUGUCAAAACAAUGUUGGACCCCCGACGGCCCGGGCGGACCGACCACACCCCCUUCGAGCAACACAUGGCGGAAAUUACAAACUGUUUGGCCGACAAGAUCAUUGGCCGGUCGACUGGCCAGUGACUGCUGACCAAGCAACAGACCAAGAAACCUAAAAUCACUCAAUCGUGUUUUAAUCCCAGAAAAGCUCUCUAUCGAUGAUGGACACUUGACGUCACCUUAGGGGAAGAAGCAUCCCACUCAUGGUAUUAUUCUCCCCCAAAAACAACACAAAUCUGUCAUUAUCUUAUGGCACUUAUUAGCAAGGUUGCCAUGCUCACUCUUUCUGUAUUUGUGUAAAAAAAAAAAAAAGUACAAGAAGGAAUAAAAUUAAAAAAAUAGGCCCCAUCUUUUUUUCUCAUCUGCGAGUCUUUCCAUCGCGCUUUGACUGCCAGAUGUCCUUCCUUGUACUUUUGGAAAAGAUGGAGCCGAGUCUUAGCUAGCAGACUUCCUUCUUGGUAGAACUGUAGCUGCAUUAUUGUCCUCACUACUCCUCCUAUUAUUUUAGACUUCAUGACCAUUCAGAUAUUUUAUUAACAUCGGCACCCAUUCGUAGUUUGAGCAUUGUUUUGCAAAAUAACAAACAAGACUUGUUUUGUUGACCAAACUGUGUAUUGAAAGCUGUAAUAUUUGUAUGGAUACUUUCUCAACUUGAUAAUCAUCGCUCAUUGUCACGAACAAUAUCUUCCCAAUCUCAACUGUCGAAAAUUAUAUUUUGUGAUGUUUUUCUUUUUUGUUUUCUGAAGAUCUUUGGUAUUAAAUGCACUGGUUGUGUCUCAUCUUUUUGUGAAUCAAGAGGUUUUCUUUUUCCUGAGGUGCUGGGCUCUUAUGUAUUUGACAUCUUAAAACUAGAACAAUCUAGCAUUAGUCAGGCUGUGAGGUGAAGUUGGGGUUGCAAGUAGAGGAUGUUGGAGAAAAAAAAAGUCAUUUUACCAAUAAACCUGGAGAAGUUAUAUUA